AAUUUUGAAAUUUUUUGGGUUGGGUUUUCAUCUUUUGAUAAAUUGGUACAUUGGUAUAGCUGAAAUCUGUGGGCUUUCACCAUUUCAAAAAUGGCAACUAUUCUUGCAGAGGUUUAUGGUGAAUCAAGGGUGAGUAGGGGGUUUGAAUGUAAAGGAGUUAUUAUCUUAAAAGAGUUGCAAAUCAAGUUGAUUCUUAAGAAAUGAUUCAUAAGUUGUUGUAAAAUGGUUUGUUAACUGAGACAAACAUGCUUGGUUGAGGACUUAUGGUUAAGAUCUCGUAUACAUAUUGGGUCACUUAAACAAAGACAUAAUUCGAAGUUCAAACAUUGUGGUUGCACUUCUACAUAGAAGCUCCUUAUAUGUCUCUGUACAACCUGGAGGAGUUUAUGAAUCAUGAUGUCUUGCGUAAAUGGAAUUUUCUUGAAGAACCCUUCUGUUUCAUGGCUUUUGUAUAUAGUCAACAUGCAGGUUUUGUCUUGCAUUGUAAGUAGAAGCAUUUUCCUGUCUCAAUAGACCUUUGGAGGCAUAAUAUUUAUUUCAUAUGAAAAUAGGUCUUGUAGGGGGCGGUUUUUGGGGCUCAGGCCCAACAGGCGGGUGGUUCUGGCCCAAAAGUCCCUCAACAAUGAAUUUGUAGAGAGUAGGUUACAGAACUAGGUCUUUGACAGAGGAAAUGUAGUUAUGAACAAGCCAUGCAACCAGUUGGACGUAGGGAUAUUCCUCCAAGCUUUUGGAAUAACAGUCCCUGGGGCUGUAUCUUCUGCUUUUUGUCUCUAACUCCUUUCUCUUUUUUCUAUCUUUUUCUUCUUCCUGCUUGCGAUCCCUUGGCCAUGGGGAUCUCCUUCUCUUAUAUAGCAUCCUUCCUAAGAUCACGACCCUACACUUGUUAAUCAUCUGGGCCUCUACUUGAGUGCCUGUCCCAUAGGACAUCCUCCCUCUUUUCUGUGAGUUGCACUGACCAAGAUAAUUCUGUGCUCCUGUCCUUUCCACAUUAAUGCGGCUGGAAAAGUAGCUCAUUGGCAUUUAAUGCGGCAAUCGUGGUUGCCCCCCUCCCAGAACGUCAUGCACUGUUCUUUCGUAUUGGAUGACUUUUCGCCAUGCAUAGGGUGUGAAUCGGACACACACUUGGCGAGUCCGAGGAGGUACUCCUCCUUGGACGCCCCUAAGCAGGCCCGGCCCAACAUGGUUGGGCCGGGGUAUCCUAUGCCCAUGCCCUUUCUUCUUGUCGUGGUUGGGCUUAGUAUAUGUACUAUGGCCCAACGUCGACUGACGGAUUUUACCCCCACAAUAGCCCCUCAAAAUUCCUGCCUUUUUUCUGGGUCCGAGGAGAAAAGGCGGGAUUUUGAUAAUCACUAGACAGUUCGUGGUGAAUCACUGCUUCACACGUGUAGGGGGGGGAAGCAUGCCUUCACGUGCCUCAUUAAUGUUGAGGGCAUUUAAUGACCCAGGGGAAAGUAACCGCAGCUUUCGAGGUUUUACACUCGUCCAAUCCAACGGUUGAAGGCCGGAUCUACGGUGGACAGCGUUUCACUCGCCUUAAACGUAAGUGCGUCUGUUCAACUUCUUCCAAGUAUAAUAGGUUUUGAGGGCGGUUGUCCCUCACUUUUGACGAGCAUUUCAAUAUUCAGAACGUCUCAGAGCUUUCUCCUUCAAUCCGCUCUCACUUCCGCUGCCAUUUUCUUGAAGACUCCUUCGAGCUUCUUACCCGUAAGUGCGCGCUUCUUCUCCGUUAUUCUUCAUUAAUCAUACUGCCUUCAAGUUGUUUUUAGGAUUAGAGGGGAUGGGUAGGCUUCAGAAAAUGGUAGAUUCUCCGGCCGGUAUGGCGGGCUUCAGGGCGAAAUAUCGUAUCCCACCGGAGGUAGGUUUAGAGUACUGUCAUCUGGAGAACAUUUUGUUCAAGCGGAGUACAGGGGAAGUCGCAAUUCCAAUGAUAGCCUUCGUGGAAGGAGGAAUGACUAUUCCAAUGGGGAGAAUAACUAGGGAUUACCUACGUGGUCAUAGAUUGGCCCCCCAUCAAUGCACCGCUAAUCUAUUCCGGAUCCUGGGGUGUGUCGAAACCCAGAACAAUCAGAUGAAUCUCGGCCUCUCAUGGCAUGACGUGGUUCAUCUUUAUGAAUGACAUAGGCUCGGCGACUCGUACUAUCUAAAGUCCAGGACUGACGAAGUGAGGUUGAUAUCCUACCUUCCAAAGUCCAACAAAGGCUUGAAGGACGACCAUUUGAUCGUCUCCGGACCAUGGUAUGACGGCCCUCACUGUCCGACUAGGGCGGGAACGCCAGGUGGGGUGUCGUAGUACUAGAUUCCGUGGGGAGGAUUUUAGUUUCAAGCUCCUCCCCCUCCUUUUUCUUUUAUUUUAAACUUGUUGGUUUAGUUGCAUGUCUCCUCGGACUAACAUAAACCUUUUAACGGCCUUCGCAGACAAGGAGCGAACGUCCCCUCGGCUGAGCUUGGUCAAUAUCCCGGCCCUAAAUUACCUCCUGAGGUCCGAGAUCUUCGUUAGCGAGGACGGACAACUACGGUCGGCUCCUUUGAUUUUGGACUUCACUCCACUCACUCGAGCCCAGGUGGAAGCCGGACAAGCUAUAAGGGCUGACAGUCCGAGGUUGGCACGCAUUGACGUUUCCAUACCAGGGUUUCUCGCUGCCACAGACUUGCCUCCUAUUCAGUUACCUCCCCAACGUGCCUUUCCCCCAGUAUUUAUCCCAGAGGAGGAGGCUGGCUCUUCACAUUCAUCCUUAGAGGAUCAGAUAGACCAGUUUCAAUUUACUGAGGAAGGGGAAGCUUCAGUCAGGGUAGUAGAGCUCUCCGACUCUGACGCUGAUUUAGACCGCGCCUCAGCGGCUCCUGGUACUGGUUUGGUCAUCGCACAACCUGAUAUCAGCGAAGACACAGAAUAAGAAGAAGGAAUGGAUCUCCAGCCGAGGACUGGCCUUAGGGGUCUUCUAUCUAACAGGUCCAAGGGGCAAACCUCCAAAGAAGUCUCGAAAGGACAGACAGUCCCCAAAGCUCCCGUUCCUCCUCCCCCUCCCUCAUCGGAUACGGCGCUGCAGCCUGUGCCUAACUUAAGGCGAAAAAGGCCUGUAGAAGAGACGGAGGAGGGAGAAGUUUCCCGUGAGAAGGCCGGGCCUAAAAAGAAGGGCAAGGAAACGAAAGAGCCCCGAGAGAAAAGGACCAGGUCCACUGAGAGCCGAGACGAGGCGGCCAUACCGAGGGUACCACGAACGUGGUCUCCUCGAAUCGAGUUAGACGGCGCUCCAGUCCUCUGGGAUGCGACCCUAUGGGAAUCCCAGCGAGAGCAGGCUUCGUUCUUGGCUGAGGCGCUGCAGCAGCCUCUUCUCCUGCCCCGUGACAUGGAGGGUCUCAGGAAGAUUCGUCAGCCAGAACUUUUCAUGUCACUGAAGAGGGAUAUGGCCGUGGUCACUCAACAAAUUUAUAUUGCUGAGGAGUGGGCCAAGAAGGCCCGUGAGGAUAUGCAUAAGGAGGCUCAGUCCCGUUCUGCAGCUGAGAGGGCCGCUGGCGAUCUCAAACGAGAUUUUGAUCGUCAGGGUAAUGAGCUAAAGGAGGUGAAGAAGGCCAAUGCGAGUGCAGAGGCUGGCCUGAAAAAUGCUGAAAAGCAAGCUGACGAGCUGCGCAAGCAGCUCCGUCACUCUGAGGAGAGACUGGCAGCGGAGCAACAGGCAGUUUCGGAGCUUAAAGCUGAGCUUGCAAGGACCAAGGAGGAAACUCGCUUGUCCAGGGAGGUUGCCGAGAAGGCUGUGGCGGUUUCGUAUGAACGUGGAGUUCACGAUACUGAGGAGAGACUGGCCGAGGAAGUCGCCACCGUUUGCAGGGAAUACGUCACCUCGACCUGGGGAGUGGCCAUAGAUCGGGCAGCCGUCCCCGCAGAUUCUGAUCUCAGGAAAGCUGAGAACAUCUUUUUCCCUGCGGAAAUACGUGAGAUUCCUGGCGAGGUCGCCUCCACUGAGCCUCUUCCAGCAAAUUCCUCCGUUCCCGAGACUAGGGGCACGAAGCAAGCUACGCAGGGCCAGUCACCCGAGGACAGUCUUCGCAUCAGCGAGAUCCUUGCCCAGGCCCAGGAGAUCGCCCCGGAGAACCCAGCAGCGAAUGAUCAGCCUGCCCCGACUCAGGGCCCUUAGGGACGUAGUAUAGGAAUUCAUCUGUUUUGCUUUUUUGUACCUCGUUUUGUUUGAUCCUUGCUAAUGUUUCUGAACUGAGUUACUUUGAACAUUAUAUGACAAAAGUUAUUUCAUUUCAUAUAUCGCUGCUUUAUUCUAUUUUGUUUUCAUCAUGAAUGGAUAUUGGUUUUGCCAUUUUACUGCUGAAUGUCAAGCAAUAAUGAAUGAAUACGUUAGAAUGGUCGAUACUUUAUAAUUGGGCAAAAACGAUUACAAUGCUGACUUCUCCCAAGUCCGUGACUAAGAAUCCGCGCAGGACUUGGGCUCCCUUUAACGCUUAUUGAGAAUCGCACAAUGGUUAAUUUCCCCCAAGUCUGGUCCGAGGAACCAUGCAGGACUUGGGUUCUGUUUAACACUUAAUGAGAAUCGUUGUAUGGUUAAUUUCCCCCAAGUCUGUGGUCCGAGGAGCCAUGCAGGACCUGGGUUCUGUUUAACACUUAAUGAGAUUCGUUGCGUGGUUAAUUUCCCCCAAGUCUGUGGUCCGAGGAGCCAUGCAGGACUUGGGUUCUGUUUAACACUUAAUGAGAAUCGUUGUGUGGUUAAUUUCCCCCAAGUCUGUGGUCCGAGGAGCCAUGCAGGACUUGGGUUCUGUUUAACACUUAUUGAGAAUCGUUGCGUGGUUAAUUUCCCCCAAGUCUGUGGUCCGAGGAGCCAUGCAGGACUUGAGUUCUGUUUAACACUUAAUGAGAUUCGUUGCGUGGUUAAUUUCCCCCAAGUCUGUGGUCCGAGGAGCCAUGCAGGACUUGGGUUCUGUUUAACACUUAUUGAGAAUCGUUGCGUGGUUAAUUUCCCCCAAGUCUGUGGUCCGAGGAGCCAUGCAGGACUUGGGUUCUGUUUAACACUUAUUGAGAUUCGUUGCGUGGUUAAUUUCCCCCAAGUUUGUGGUCCGAGGAGCCAUGCAGGACUUGGGUUCUGUUUAACACUUAAUGAGAUUCGUUGCGUGGUUAAUUUCCCCCAAGUCUGUGGUCCGAAGAGCCAUGCAGGACUUGGGUUCUGUUUAACACUUAUUGAGAAUCGUUGCGUGGUUAAUUUCCCUCAAGUCUGUGGUCCGAAGAGUCAUGCAGGACUUGGGUUCUGUUUAACACUUAUUGAGAAUCGUUGCGUGGUUAAUUUCCCCCAAGUCUGUGGUUCGAGGAGCCAUGCGGGACUUGGGUUCUGUUUAACGCUUAUUGCAAAUAAUUGUACAGUAAAACGGUAUCAAGUAUAGUGUUCUUCAUUAAUAAAAGUACCUUUUCAGGUUAUUUACAUUCCACGGAGGUGGCACUACACGUUCGUCCAAGUCUUCCAAAAAGUACGCUCCAAUGCCAGCCACUGAUGUGAUACGGUAUGGGCCCUCCCAGUUUGGUCCAAGCUUUCCCCAUGCAGGGUUCCUCGCAUUGCCCAGAACUUUCCUCAGCACUAGGUCCCCGGGCGUCAAGGGUCUCGACUUCACCUUGGCGUCAUAGCCCUGCUUGAGCUUUUGUUGAUACUGAGCUAGAUGCACCAUCGCGCAUUCCCUUCUCUCUUCGAGGAGGUCCAAGCUUUUUUCUAGAAGCCCGUUGUUAGCAAUGGGGUCGAAUGUAGCAGUCCUCUAGGAGGGAAAGUUUAUCUCUAAUGGGAUGACGGCCUCGGCCCCGUAGGUCAACGAAAAGGGGGUUUCUCCCGUGGAUCGGCGGGGCGUGGUGCGGUACGUCCACAAGACAUGGGCGAGUUCUUCAACCCACCUCCCUUUCACGUCGUCCAACCUCCUCUUCAGCCCAUUCACUAUGGUUUUGUUGAUGGCUUCUGCUUGUCCGUUACUCUGCGGGUAGGCUGGUGUAGAGUACCUGUUGACAAUCCCCAGUUCACUGCAAUAUUCCCUAAAGGCCUUACUAUCAAAUUGGAGGCCAUUGUCCGAGAUUAGGGUGUGUGGGGUACCGAACCAGGUGACGAUAUUUUUCCAGAUAAACUUCUUGACAUCGACAUCCCUAAUGUUUGCUAGAGCUUCAGCCUCGACCCAUUUCGUGAAGUAAUCGGUGCCGACGAGAAGAAACUUCUUGUUCCCGGCAGCUUUGGGGAACGGACUUAAUAUGUCUAGGCCCCAUUGUGCGAAUGGCCAAGGGCUGGACAAUGGGUUAAGUACCCCACCCGGCUGAUGUAUAUUCGGAGCAAACCUUUGGCAUUGGUCACACUUCUUCACAUAUUCCAGAGCCUCCUUAUGCAUGCUCGGCCACCAGUAACCCAGCGUCAUAGCCCUGUGGGAGAGGGACCGGCCCCCCGUAUGGCUUCCGCAAAUCCCCUCGUGCAACUCCUCCAGAAUGAGUUCAGUAGCCCCUGGGUGCACACACAGCAAGUAUGGCCCUGAGAAUGAAAGUCUGUAAAGCUUGGAGUCCUCGGACAACCAGAAUCGAGAAGCUCUCCUCCUGAUUUUGUCAGCCUCGACUUUGUCGUCCGGUAAGAAGUCGUACUUCAAGAACCGGACAAGAGGGUCCAUCCAGCUUGGUCCCUCACCGACGUUGUGUACCCGAAUACCGUUAGCCUUCUCUUCCGUGGGGCGGCAGAGGUCCUCGACCAAAAUAACCCGCGGAAGGGGCUGAGCCGAGGAGGUGGCCAGUGUUGCCAGAGAAUCGGCGUGGGUAUUCCCGCUUCUGGGUAUAUGCGUUAAACGGAAGUCGUCGAAGUGGGCUUGUAGGCGUUUAGCUCGGGCAAGGUACCGUUGCAUUCUUUCAUCUUUCACCUCCAAUUCCCCGCUUACUUGCCCCACUAUGAGUCUCGAAUCCGAGAAUAUGCUCACGCAUUUCCCACCCAACCUCUGGAUCAUGGACAUCCCCUCCAGCAGUGCCUCAUACUCAGUUUCGUUAUUCGUUGCUGGGAAUCCCAGUCUCAACGACUUUUCCAAGAUUAUACCUUCGGGAGAGAUUAGAACGAGCCCCACUCCGGAGCCCUUUUGGUUUGCUGCACCAUCGAUGUAUGCUCUCCACUUAUCGUGUUCUUGCAGAGAAAUCGUGCUGACCAAUCUCCUAUCAUCACUCGGUGAUCCCGACACUUCCACCCCUUCCAAGGUAGGCUCCGCAAAUUCAGCUACCAGAUCGGCGAGGACUUGACCUUUUAUGGCGGUGCGUGGCAUGUAUCUAAUGUCGAAGGCGCUCAAGAUAGUUCCCCAUUUGGCUAUUCUCCCCGUGUAGUCGGCGCUACGGAGGACUGAUUUCAAUGGAAGUUAGGUUAGCACAACCACUGUAUGUGCCUGAAAAUAGUGGGGAAGCUUCUUUGUAGCUUGCACGACAGAUAAUAGUGCCUUUUCGAGGGGGAGGUACCGGGUCUCUGCAUCCUGUAGCGACUUGCUUACGUAAUACACGGGCCGCUGCGUGCCGUUGUCCUCUCGGAUCAGUACUAGGCUCACCGCAUGAUCGACGACUGCGAUGUAUGCAUACAGCACCUCAUCGGCCUCGGGACUAGACAUGAUCGGAGGUCGGGCGAGGUAUUCCUUGAGCUGUUGGAAUGCUAAAUCACACUCUUCAGUCCACUCGAAACCCUUCCACUUGUGCAAUAGGAGGAAAAAAGGUCUGCAUCUGUCCGCUGAGCGGGAGAUGAAACGGUUCAAAGCUGCUAUCAUGUCGGUAAGCUUCUGGACAUCUUUGGGAUUCCGAGGAGGCUGCAUACUAUGAAUGGCCCUUAUUUGGUCAGGGUUGACCUCGAUUCCCUGGUGGGUUACCAUGUAGCCAAGGAAUUUCCCCGAUCCCACUCCAAAUGAGCACUUGGAUGCGUUCAGUCGCAGCUUGUACCUUCUCAGGAUUUGAAACACUUCGUCGAGGUCCCUGAUGUGGUUGGUCACCAAUUUACUCUUUACUACCAUAUCGUCUAUAUACACCUCGACAGUUUUUCCCAUCUGUUGCUCAAACAUCCUAGUCAUCAUCCUUUGAUAGGUCGACCCGGCAUUCUUCAGGCCAAAAGGCAUCACCUUGUAAUGAUAGUUGCCAAUUGGGGUGACAAAAGCAGUUUUUUCCUGGUCUUCGGUGGCCAAGGAUAUCUGAUGGUAGCCCUGGAAAGCGUCCCAAAAACUCAUUCGGGGAUGCCCGACAGUUGCGUCAACCAGUCGGUCUAUCCGCGGCAUCGGGAAAGGAUCCUUCGGGCAGGCCUUGUUUAAGUCCGUGAAGUCCACGCAGACCCGCCAUUUCCCGCUCUUCUUCUUCACCACGACUGUGUUCGCCAACCAUUCGGGGUAGAAUACUUCCUUGAUAGCCCCAACUCUCUUCAAUUUUACGACUUCCUCUCUCACAGCGUCCGCAUGCUCCUUUGACAGGCGCCGGGGAAGCUGCUUCUUUGGGGUAAUAGCCAGAUUAACGUUAAGGUGAUGGCGUAUUAGGUCUAAGUCAACCCCAGGGGCUUCGUAAGGAUCCCAGGCGAAUACGUCCUCAUUUCGUCAUAGAAAAUUAAUUAGCGCCGACUUCUCCUGUGCUGGUAAUUCCGAGUCAAUCUGGAAAAAUCUCUCGGGGUCUGAUCCGACGAGCACUUUCUCCAGCUCUUCACAGCUCACCUCCAUGGCCGGUCCUUCAUUACCUGUAGCCAGGACCGGGGUCCUUGAUUACUAUAAGCUAUUCCCGGCUGAAGUGGAGGGUCCGCUGCUUAAUUGUCGAGCAAUUGCCGAUACCAUGCAUUGCCUGGCCAUUCCUUGGUCCCCUACUAUCUCUUUGAUUCGGCCCUCUGACGGAUAUUUCACUUUCUGGUGCAGGGUAGACGACACAGCCCCUAGUGCAUGAAGCCAGGGCCGUGCCACAAUAGCUGUGUAAGGUGAGUAUGCGUCCACCACGAUGAAGUCCACUUCCACUACUUCUGUGUCUGUUUGCACAGGCAACCUAAUCAUGCCUUUCGGGAUGACGAUUUUUCCCUCAAAGCUAAGCAGGGGUGAAUCGUAUGGCGACAGGUCUUCCUGCUUCAAAUUCAGCCCCUUAUACAAGUCUGGGUACAUCACCUCCACGGCGCUACCCUGAUCAACUAACACCCUCUUCACGUCAUAACCUCAUAUUCUGAGCGUCACGACUAGGGCAUCCUCAUGGGGUUGAAUAGUUCCCUCAUUGUCCUCCUCCGUGAACCCAAUUAAUGGCAGGGCCCUCCCUCUGGCUCUCUUGGAUCCCCUUUUGCCUGGCUCUGUCGGAAACCUACCCACUGACAUUACUCUGAGCGGGCCGGAACCGGUUCUCCCAGGUGCGGCAAGAAUGACAUUUAUCGUGCCUAUGGGUGGCCUCAAGGCGCUUUGCCUGGUAUCGACAUUUGACUGCUCAGGGUAGUGCAACAGAUGCCUUAGCUUUCCUUCUCGGACAAGUCGAUCCAAAUAGUUUUUCAGGUUCCUACAUUCGUCAGUGACGUGACCAGGCUCUUGGUGAUACGCACAAUAUAGAUUCUGAUUGCGUUUUGAGGGGUCGCCUGCCAUCCUAUUCGGCCAUUGAAAGAAGGGUUCGCACUUUAUCUUCUCCAGGAUCUCGUGCAAUGGUUCUCGGAACACAGCGUGGACUACCUGAGCCCCUGUGGAUCCCGAUUGUUCCGUAUAAUCUCUUCUCGGCUUAUUACUGCCACUGAAGCGGUCCGACCUGAAGUCCCUCCUCUCCUGAGGGACAAACUUCGCCUUUCCCUUCCCAGUCUGCUAGUCCUCUUCGACCCUUUUAUACUUGUCUAUCCUGUCCAUGAGUUGUCGCACGCUGGUGACUGGUUUCCCAGUGAAAGACUUUCUCAAGUCAUGCUCUGUCGGCAGGCCCUUUUUAAAGGUACUGAUGGCGACGUCAUCGUGGUUUCCUUCUACCUCGUUGUACGUCUCCCAAUAUCUGUCCGAGUAGGCCUUCAGCGUUUCUCCUUCUCGCAUGGAUAAGGAUAAGAGGGAAUCGAGGGGCCGAGGGACUCUAGUGCUAGUGAUGAAGCGGGAACCAAAAGCCUGCGUCAACUGUUUAAAGGAGUCUAUGGAAUUCGGUGGGAGAGCGUCAAACCAUCUCAUGGCCAGGGGUCCCAGGCUGAAUGGAAACACCUUACACAUUAAUGCCUCGUCCCUGGAGUGGACGGCCAUCCUUUGGUUGAAUUGGCUCACGUGCUCCACUGGGUCAGUUCGACCAUUGUAUAGGGUAAACGUUGGCUGAUUAAACCGCCGAGGAAGCACCGCCCUCUCUAUUCUACGGGUAAAUGGCGACUGGGAGAUUCGAUCCAGGGCCUUGCUCAUGGCGUCAUUGACCAAGCCUUGGUAAGGUGGGUUUUUGCGACCGCGUUUGUGAGGCCGCUCUUCCUCAUAGGAGAACGUCUCGCUCGGAGUGGUUCUCGUCCUUCGUCUGUAUUCAUCAUCCUCACCACUGCUAGUAUCCGAAAUGGGCGAAGGAUGUUUUUGCUAGGCUCGACGCAGCUUCUUCUUCAAAUCAUCAAUCUCUUGCUGUAGAGCCUUCCGCUCAUUGUGCUGGUGGGACGCGUGAUCUUUCCCUUUCGAGCGACUUCUACUCGUGUGAGAGAUGUUCACACUGCCCUCUCGUUGAUUAUCUUGGUCCUUCGCUCGUUCCAGGUUUACAAAGUUGUCCUGUCGUUGAGAUUCUGCACGUCCGGUUUGGCGCGGACCUGAUCCUUCCAUCCCUUACUGUUUCACUUGUCGAGACACAAGUUCUCCCCACAGACGGCGCCAAUUGUAGGGGGCAGUUUUUGGGGCUCAGGCCCAACAGGCGGGUGGUUCUGGCCCAAAAGUCCCUCAACAAUGAAUUUGUAGAGAGUAGGUUACAGAACUAGGUCUUUGACAGAAGAAACGUAGUUAUGAACAAGCCAUGCAACCAGUUGAACGUAGGGAUAUUCCUCCAAGCUUUUGGAAUAACAGUCCCUGGGGCUGUAUCUUCUGCUUUUUGUCUCUAACUCCUUUCUCGAUUUUCUAUCUUUUUCUUCUUCCUGCUUGCGAUCCCUUGGCCAUGGGGAUCUCCUUCUCUUAUAUAGCAUCCUUCCUAAGAUCACGACCCUACACUUGUUAAUCAUCUGGGCCUCUACUUGAGUGCCUGUCCCAUAGGACAUCCUCCCUCUUUUCUGUGAGUUGCACUGGCCAAGAUAAUUCUGUGCUCCUGUCCUUUCCACAUUAAUGCGGCUGGAAAAGUAGCUCCUUGGCAUUUAAUGCGGCAAUCGUGGUUGCCCCCCUCCCAGAACGUCAUGCACUGUUCCUUCGUAUUGGAUGACUUUUCGCCAUGCAUAGGGUGUGAAUCGGACACACACUUGGCGAGUCCGAGGAGGUACUCCUCCUCGAACGCCCCUAAGCAGGCCCGGCCCAACCAUCCUAUGCCCAUGCCCUUUCUUCUUGUCGUGGUUGGGCUUAGUAUAUGUACUAUGGCCCAACGUCGACUGACGGAUUUUACCCCCACAGGUCUCGUGAGAAAUUUCUUGAGGGGAAGAAGUUUUGAUUCAUUUUAUGUUGUAAUUUCAAAUAAAAAUGUGUUUUUCUAAUGUCUAAGAGUGAGGUGGGUAAUGGGGAGCGAACAGAAUACAGCACAGGUGGGCAAAAUGUUAAGUUAUCACGGAUAGGCAAAGUGCAAAUAGGCCAAACCACAGAUGAGUUUAUUGUAAUUAUUCCAUUAUGAAAUCUUGGAUUUUUGCUUCAAUUCAAAGUCUAGCUUGCGCCCAUUGCAUGGCCUUGUCCCCUCUUAUCGGGGACACAACAAAAUUCCGCCAUUUUCUUUUGCCCCCACCCUCCAGAUACGUGUAUACAUAGUAGUAUUAUUACCAAUAUAGUACUUAUGUUGUAUCUAUAACUUGUACUUAUUUUAAUAGCCUAAGGUUAGUCUCGCUAUACAUACACCCAAAUAACUCAUUUUAUAAUAGGUAUAUCAAUAGUAAAAAUCUAGCCCCUUAAAGCAUUUACAGCAAUGAAGCUAAAUAGCUAUAUAGCUAUUUUAGCUUCUAUUUUAGCUUCAUCAAAACACAAAAAUACAUGCUGCAGCAGUGGAGCCGUACCUAAAUUCUUUUAGCUUCUUGCUACAGUGCACAUCCAUAAAUAGAUGUGCAUUGUAGCAAGAAACUAAAAAAAAAAAAAAAAAAAUUAUUAAAUUUCUCUCUCUUCUCUCGUUAAUUUUCUCUCUCUCUCUCUCCGGCUUCUCUUCGUUCUUCUGUUUUUUCCUUCUCAUUUUUUUCCUCUAGCGCCACGGUUGU